UCUCUGGUAGCAGCGGGGCUAGCUUUGGCGGCAGCUGGCUUUGCAGGUCGCUAUGCCAUGCAGGCCAUGAAGCAGAUGGAGCCCCAAGUCAAACAGGCCCUUCAGAGUUUCCCCAAGAAUGCUUUUGGAGGAGGCUACUACAGAGGUGGUUUUGAACCAAAGAUGACUAAGAGAGAAGCGGCAUUGGUUUUAGGUGUAAGUCCUACUGCCAGUUGGAAUAAGAUCAGGGAAGCCCACAGAAAACUCAUGAUACUUAACCAUCCUGACAGAGGUGGCUCACCAUACCUUGCAGCAAAGAUUAAUGAAGCUAAAGAUCUUAUUGAAGGCCAGGCAAAGAAGUGA